AUGGCGGACUCGGCGGUGGCGGUGGUCGCGGCCGGCAGCGACGGAGAGGACGGGCCCGUGCGGGGCUUCGCUCGCCAGGGAGCCCUCCGCCAGAAGAACGUGCACGAAGUGAAGGACCACAAGUUCACCGCUCGCUUCUUCAAGCAGCCCACCUUCUGCAGCCACUGCACCGACUUCAUCUGGGGGUUUGGCAAGCAGGGAUUCCAGUGUCAGGUGUGUUGUUUCGUGGUCCACAAGCGCUGCCAUGAGUUUGUCACCUUCUCCUGUCCAGGAGCUGAUAAAGGACCUGACUCAGAGGACCCGAGGGCGAAGCACAAGUUUAAGAUCCACACCUACUCCAGCCCGACCUUCUGUGACCACUGUGGCUCUCUGCUCUACGGCCUCUUACAUCAGGGCAUGAGAUGUGACCAUUGCAUGAUGAACAUCCACAAGCGGUGUGUUGCCAAUGUGCCGAGCCUGUGUGGGACAGACCACACUGAGAGGAGAGGUCGCAUCCAGAUCACCGCUGAGGUCAAGACUAAUGUACUCACUGUUACCAUCCAAGAGGCGAGGAAUCUGGUUCCCAUGGACCCCAACGGUCUCUCGGACCCCUACGUGAAGCUCAAACUGAUUCCAGACCCCCGCAGCGAGAGUAAACAGAAGACCAAGACCAUAAAGUGCUGCCUGAACCCCACCUGGAAUGAGACCUUUAAAUUCCACCUGAAGGAGUACGAUAAGGACCGCCGUCUGUCGGUGGAGAUAUGGGACUGGGACCUGACCAGUCGCAACGACUUCAUGGGAUCGCUGUCCUUCGGCAUCUCGGAGCUCCAGAAGCUAGGAGUGGAUGGAUGGUUCAAGUUGCUCUCCCAGGAAGAGGGCGAGUACUUCAACGUCCCCGUGCCUCCAGAGGGGGAGGAGGGCAACGAGGAGCUCCGCCAGAAAUUCGAGAAAGCUAAGCUUGGUCCAGGCAAGAACAUAGAGGGCAAGGCGGCCAAUGCUGCGGCCCGCUUCGACGCCAAUGGCAACCAGGACCGUAUGAAGCUGAAUGACUUUACCUUCCUGAUGGUGCUGGGAAAGGGCAGCUUCGGCAAGGUGAUGUUGGCGGAACGUAAGGGGACGGAGGAGCUGUACGCUGUGAAGAUCCUGAAGAAGGAUGUGGUGAUCCAGGACGAUGAUGUGGAGUGCACCAUGGUGGAGAAGAGAGUGUUGGCGCUGGCUUCAAAACCCCCGUUCCUAACACAGCUGCACUCCACCUUCCAGACUAUGGACCGUUUGUAUUUUGUCAUGGAGUACAUAAACGGUGGAGAUCUCAUGUAUCAGAUUCAGCAGGUUGGCAAGUUCAAAGAGCCACAUGCUGUAUUCUAUGCUGCGGAAAUAGGCAUCGGCCUGUUCUUCCUUCAUCUAAAGGGAAUCAUCUACAGAGAUCUGAAGCUGGACAAUGUGAUGCUGGACUGCGAGGGCCACAUUAAGAUCGCUGACUUCGGAAUGUGUAAAGAGAAUAUGAACGAUGGAAUCACCACCAAGACCUUCUGUGGAACCCCAGACUAUAUAGCUCCCGAGAUCAUAGCCUACCAACCUUAUGGGAAAUCUGUGGACUGGUGGGCCUUUGGUGUGCUGCUGUAUGAGAUGCUCGCUGGGCAGCCUCCAUUUGACGGCGAGGAUGAGGAUGAGUUAUUUCAGUCAAUCAUGGAGCAUCAUGUCUCCUAUCCAAAAUCCAUGUCCAAGGAGGCUGUCGCUAUCUGUAAAGGGCUGAUGACGAAGCAUCCGGCCAAGCGGCUCGGCUGCGGACCGGAGGGCGAGCGAGACAUCAGGGAGCACAGCUUCUUCCGCUACAUGGACUGGGAGAAGCUGGAGAACAAGGAGGUGCAGCCGCCAUUCAAACCCCGAGCUUGCGGACGGGAAGCUGAGAACUUUGACCGUUUUUUCACGCGCCACCCCCCCGUGCUGACCCCUCCCGACGCGGAAGUGAUUCAGAACCUGGACCAGGAGGAGUUCCAGGGAUUCUCCUUUAUCAACACGGUGUUCCCAUCAGCUGCUGCCACCCCCACUGCUGCUGAGAAGGCUUGAUUUCAGCUCAUGCACAGACACAUGGACACACACACACAAAACCAUUCCUCUACUUUGGAAUA